AUGGCGCCACCAAAGUCCAGCCCCAGCGUUGACGAAAUCGAGAAUAAUAUAGCGACGAUUUUGUCAAACGAGAUUGAGAAAGACCAUACGAAUUAUGGAAGAGUCGACAAGGAACUUGCUCAAUACAUUACCGAUGCCAGAAUCACCAUCAGUCCGGAGAAGAACGAUGAGCUGCGCCGUAAAAUCGAUCGGCGGAUUCUAGCCGUCAUGAUUUCGACGUAUUUCUUACAAGCCAUCGAUAAAGGCACCAUGUCUUUUGCAUCAAUUAUGGGCAUUAAAAACGAUACCCAUUUGUCUGGCCAAGACUAUAACUGGUUGACAACUUGCGUUUUUAUCACGAUCCUGAUUGUCGAAUACCCUCAAAACUACAUCAUUGCGAGGGUACCAAUCGCGAAAUAUCUCGGUUUCAAUAUUAUGGCUUGGGGGGCGGUGUUAGCCUGCACCGCUGCCUGCACCAAUUUUACCGGACUGCUCGUAGUUCGAACUCUCCUGGGCCUUUUUGAGUCGGUUUGUCAGCCAACAUUCGUCGUCUUGUCUGCAAUGUGGUAUAGACGAGAAGAACAAGCUGCUCGUGUGGCUUAUUGGUAUAUGAUGAACGGCGCUCAGCAAAUCGUUGGCGGCCUUCUCGCGUACUGUUUCAGUCUUAUUCAUUCUGGACCCCUAAAAUCGUGGAAGUGGCUGUUCCUUAUCUACGGGGCGAUUUCCGUUUGUUUCGGCGUCUUCGUGGCGUGGUACAUGCCUGACUCACCUAUGAGGGCCAAAUGUUUCAGCGAAGAAGAUAAGCGACUUAUGGUUGAGAGAGUCCGCGAUAACCAAACGGGCAUCCAAAAUCGAGAAUGGAAGAAAAGCCAGUUCAUCGAAGCUCUGAAAGACCCUCAGAUCUGGGGCUACUGCUUAAUCCAGCUUUGCACAACGCUACCCACCUCCGGACUUGGUGCAUUCCAGGGCAUCAUUAUUUCGAGCAUGGGAUUUACAGUUCUCCAGACUCAAUUGCUGGCAAUGGUCCUUGGAUUCUAUAUCAUCAUUGUGCUAUUGGGCUCGACCUGGUUGGCUAAACGAACAAACCAAAACCUCUACAUAAUGACUGCAUUUAUCAUCCCAUCUUUCAUUGGAACCAUUUGCCUUAUGACUGUCCCGAUCGUUACGCGAAGUCAAAAAAUCGGUCUUGUUGUCUGUUAUAAUAUUACCAUGUCGUUCUGGGCGGCUCAAACACUAGCGCUGUCUUUGCUGUCACGAAAUGUCGCUGGACAAACGAAAAAGAGCGCAGCGGUAGCGCUUAAUUUCAUCUUCUGGGCAACAGGCAACGCAAUUGGCCCUCAAGUCUUCCUCUUCUGGGAUGCACCCCGAUACUUCAUCGCCUUUGCCACCCAUUUAGGAUGCUAUAGCUUGCUUGUUGUAGUUCUUCUAGCCCUGCGCUUUUAUCUCUCGUGGGAGAAUAAAAAGCGAGAUAAACUAGCGGCUGCCGGAAUGCACGAGGCUCGUGAUGACCGAAUGGUGCACGCAUGGGAAGAUUUGACAGAUAAAGAGAAUCCAAACUUCCGUUAUGUCUUUUAA